AUGGCUGGGCGAUGCCACGACCUUUGUCAUGACGACUACACGGUGGGCUGCGUCAAACUCGCAGCUGCCCAGGAAAUGCUCGAUGAGAAGCAUGGCGACUUAGUAACCGGUGGCGACGACAUCAUAUAUACCCUGGGCCGCAUCGGUGGACACAAUAUCGUCAUUGUUUGUAUACCAGAAGGUCAGAUGGGAACAAACCCAGCGGCUGCAGCUGCAACUCGAAUGCAGUCAGCCUUCCCAUCCAUCCGAUUCAGGCUCAUGGUCGGUAUCGGCGGAGAGGUUCCAUCGACGAAGCCUGAUAUUCGACUUGGAGAUGUGGUGUACGACUUUGGAAAGACCACUCCAGGUGGUUUUAAGAGAACGGGAUUUCUUAAUGCACCAGCCAAGAUCCUCCAGAUUGCUGUUUCACACCUGAAGGCUAAGCAUAUGCGCGGGGAAAGUCAACUUUCCGAGUAUAUUCUGGAACUUGCUCACCUCCCAACAUUUACUCGAGAUCAUGCAGGGCCCGAUGAGAGAAUACUGAGAAGACCGGUGCGUGAUCAACUGGGCCCUGAAAUCCAUUAUGGAACUAUCGCGUCUGGUAAUCAAGUGAUGAGAGACGCUGCCGAACGAGAUCGAGUAAGCGCAUAUCUAAGUGGAGUACUUUGUUUUGAGAUGGAGGCAGCAGGGCUGAUGAAUGAAUUUCCUUGUCUUGUGAUAUGGGGCAUCUGUGAUUACUCUGACUCUCACAAAAGCAAGGCAUGGCAGCCAUAUGCUGCGGGUGUUGCAGCGGCAUACACGAAAGAGCUGCUAUCGGUUAUGCCUCCACUUGAAUCUUCGAUAGGUGCCAAAAGAUUCUUCACAGUUCCAUUUCAGAGAGAUGAUAAAUUUUUCGGCCGUGAAGCUAUCAUGGCUGAAAUGCAUAACAAAUUCCAAUCAACCGCGUUACGCAAUCACCUUAGGGUUGCCUUGGUGGGUAUAGGUGGAAUAGGGAAGUCUCAGAUUGCGAUUGAAUACGCUUACAUAGCACGAGAACGUAACCCAGAGCUGUCCGUAUUUUGGGUUUAUGCUGGGAACGCAGCACGCUAUGAACAGGCGUACAGGGACCUUGCAAACGAGCUUGACCUUCCAGGACGGGAUGAUCCUACUGUGGAUAUUUUCAAGAUAGUGCCUCAUUGGCUCUCUGAUAAUACCAAUGGGCAGUGGCUGAUGAUUCUAGAUAACGCGGAUAAUGAGGAUCUUUUCACGCAGGAGAUCGAGGUGGGAAUGAAACCAAACUCGCCCAAUGCAAGCGUAAGGGCGCCCCUUAUCACUUCUAUCCCUCAGACGGCAACUGGGUCGGUUAUUAUUACAUCCCGGAAUUCAACAGCAGCCCGGAAUCUUCUCGGUAUACAUGACAACAUUAUUCCUAUUGACGUGAUGGAUGGAGCCAGUGCUUUGGACCUUCUACAAACAAAGGUUACUCUUGAUGAGCAGUCAUUGAUCGAUGCUCGAAGGCUGCUCCAAGACCUGGAAUAUAUACCUCUUGCGAUAAUUCAAGCUGGCUCAUAUAUCCAAGAAAAUGAAGCAAACUUGGCUACGCUACUUGGCAGUAUGGCUAUUCAAGAUUCCAGGCGUGACUACAGUUCCCAGCAUGUGGUUACAGCAACUUGGCAGAUAUCCUUCCAGCAGAUACAAGCCUCUAGCCCUAUGUCGUCUGAUCUACUUGCUUUGAUGAGCAUGUUUGACCGGCAGGGAAUCCCCGAAUACUUAUUACAACAGAACAUGACUCAACUGCAAUUGGAGGAUGCAAUCCAUCCACUGAUCAGCCAUUCACUCAUUAAGGAAAGCGGAAUCCAGCAGCACUCCUUUGAGAUUCACCGUCUUAGUGAAAAGUCUGCAGAAAUAAUCGCGGCUGCUUUUCCAUCAGGAGAUUUCGACACAUGGCCAGAAUGUCGGAACUUACAACCGCAUGCUAAGGAAAUAAUGCGCCAAGCCACAGAAAACAACAUUUCAAGCAUAGUGAACCGAAAUACGAAGGUCAGGUGGCAUCAACGUCUCAAGAGGAAAGUCAUGUCCCGACCCAGGGAUAAACUUCCUACAGAUAGUCACGGAUCGCUGAUGUGGGCAACAAUUGGAAAUAACGCCGGUCGGUAUUUAUACUUUCAAGGAAAGUAUCAAGAAGCAGAGGCGAUACAUCGACAUGGUCUUGCAGGCUUAGAGAAAGUACUAGGUCUGGACCAUCCUGACACGCUUAUCAGUGUUAAUAACCUUGGCUCAGUCCUUGAAAGCCAGGGCAAUUAUAAAGAAGCAGAGGGAAUGUACCGACGUGCACUCAGGGCUCAUAAGAAAAUUUUAGGCCUAGACCAUCCUUACACGCUUCUCAGUGCCGAUCAUCUUGCCUCGGUCCUUGAAAGCCAGGGCAAGUAUGAUGAAGCGAAUACUAUCCGUCAGGAGGCUAAAAGUCGAACAAGCUACUGA